AUGAUCCUCCCGUUGGUUGUUGAAACGAUGGUCGUUGGGAGCGGCGACGCUUCUGACUCUAGGUCAACAAAUUCACCUGCGGAAUCCGCAAGAACUGGUUCUUCUCAUGAAGAGGAUGAGGGGAGGCAAUUAAGUUAUUUUGGGGGAAGUAGUUCAAGAAAUACCAGCCCAAUUGGUCGGGGACUAGGGUUGAGGAACACUAGCCCAUCUAGACAGAAGGUGAUUAAGACAAAACCCAGAGGUCUAGAUGAAGAAAUGAUUGCUACAUUCCCAAAAGCUCCACACCCAGAUGUUCAUAUGGAAGAUAACAUAUGGGCUAUGCUACCUGAAGACUUACUGAAUGAAAUACUAGCUAGGGUUCCACCUUUCAUGAUCUUCCGACUCCGUUCCGUUUGCAAACGUUGGAAUUCAAUCUUACAAGACAACAGUUUUCUCAAAUUCCAUUCCCAAGUUCCCUCCCAUGGCCCUUGCCUCCUCACAUUCUGGAAGAAUUCACAAACACCUCAAUGCUCUGUUUUCAGCUUACCAUUGAAACAAUGGUCUCGAUGGCUUAACUUUCAGAACAUUAAUCUGUAA